ACACAGACUCGCACACUCGUUGCUCGUCCGUGUCGUCUCCCCGCCAGCAGGGGGCGAUGAGAGCUCCACCGGACAGAGCGGACCGGCGAAGAAGACGGGGCUCGGGACAGAAGCUUGGAGCUCCCCGGCGGACGACUCAGGUGGUGCUCGGUAGUAUCCGAGCGAAGACUUCGUCCACAGAAACCGUGAACCAUGAAGAACGAGGGAAUGGAGGGGACGGAGAGGUUCCUGAGCCCGGGCAGCGGCAGAGGCCUGCGGGCGGUGAGGCACUUCGCGGUGGGGGAGCUGGUGUUCGCCUGCCCUGCCCCAUAAAGAAUAUAGUUUUUCGAAUUGUCGUGAAGUAGAAGUAUGCAUAGAAUGACAUUCUUGAGUACUUAAAUACUAGAGUAAAUGUACCUGGUUACAUUAACAACACCUCUGAUCACAGGAGAGAAGACCUUUUUAAGUGUGGCAAAUGUAAGCAGGCCUACUACUGCAAUGUUGACUGUCAGAGAAGCGAUUGGUCCAUGCAUAAGCUGGAGUGUGUGGCGAUGUGUGCCUACGGGGAAAACUGGUGUCCAUCAGAGACCGUCAGACUGGUGGCGCGAAUCCUCUUGAAACAGGAAUGGGCCCUGACCAAGGAUAAGUCGGUCAAACACAUGGACCUGUGUCUGACCGUCGUGGACCGGACGGCUGCCUCCCUCAUAAAACUACAAGCCUGUCGAGAGAACGACGCCAGACAGAAAUGGGAGCAGAUCGAGUCCAACGCCAAGCUCCGUCACGUGGGCAGUGACCUCUGUCUGGACAGCCGCAGCGCCAGGAUGGGCGGACUCACCGUGGAGGUCUGCAGCCCGAGCCUCAACCAACAGUGGAAGUUCACCCUCAACUUACAAUCAUAGGGGGGGGGCGCCACCAACCCCGGAAGAGCUGGAUAAUGGAUAGACACACCAACGGACUCUGAAACGCGGAUAAAGAGAUGGACACAGACUUGAGGAGAAAGACCGACUUGAUGGAUAAAUGGAUCCCUCUCGCUCCUCCUCUUCCUCCUCAGAGGUGCAGACAGUCGUCUAUACACCUCUCCCCCACCCUCACCACGAUAACCAAGAGCCACACCUCCUGGGGGAGGGGCUUGUAGAAUGGAGUAAACAGGAACCUGACAGUUGUUGGUGGAUGGAUGGUGACAGUGAUGAUCAUGAGGCUUUCCAUCUAAACCACAUACCUGUGUUUUUUCAUUGAUGGGUUCCAGAGGCUAAUUUUGUUCUUUUUACUUUCUUUAAUGCUGGUGAGGUAGAACUCCUUUUUUACUUUGUAAUUAUUUUUAAUUUUAAUUUUUUAAAUUUUUUUAUGUCUUGCUGUUCACCCUUUGCGAAGGUUUCGUAGGAGUUUUCUUCGUUCUUGAAAGAAUGGGACGUUGGUGUUGUUUCUCCUCUGCGCUGCUCUCUCUCUCUCUCUCCACCACACAGAGCCCGAGAGUCCGUAAGGGCAGAUGGAGGCUUGUGGUUGUGGUGUGGAGGGACGUGAAGGGAGGAAAUGGACUCGAAUCCUCGAGCUGUUCCUCUUUUUACUCAUUUGUUCACAGGAUCAACAGAGGAAAUAGAGGCAGAGAGAAGAAUGAUGUGAUUUCUGCUUUGAUUUCGACAGAGUUUUUCCUUCAGCUUGUGUCUUGGGAUGAGGGGGGGGUCCGGAAAAGAGCUUCUCUGCUUUGGAUGGGGCCCGACAUCGAUUCGGGUUUGGCCGGCCAGGAAGUGUCUUGAAGCCACCCCUCAGGAUUUACCGUCUGUCGUCCGGCUGUAGCACUGGCUGCCGCAGCAUCUUCGCUUCUACACCGUUAUGUCUCUAAAGAAACAAUACACAGAAGAAGAAAACAAAUCUCCUCACAAAAAAAAAUCUCUUUUUGUUGUUGUUGUUGUUUACUUUUGUCAAAAAAAAGAUGGAAACCAAAUUUCAGAUGGAUGUUUUUGUGUUUCAGGAAUACCAGAUGAGUGAUUAAAAGAGUUUUUUCUUUACUUACUCUCGCUGCUCUCUAACUGCUCCCCUGCGGAGCAGCUCACUUUAUACAUCUUCUUUUCCUGCACCGAUAUAUAUUUCUUUGCCUGUGUCUAAUAUUGCCGUUGUCGGAAGGUUACCGUCUAAUGAUCACACCCAAACAGGAGUCAAUGUUGCAGCUUGUUCCCUAGAGGUAAACGGGGUGUUGCAAAUAGGAUAAUUGUAACAUUUAUAAUGUACUUUCAACAUAACACCCGCUCUUGCAUGGCAAUAGAAUUUAUUGUUGAACCAGUCUUAUUCUUGUGAAGUUGAAAAGAUUGUUUAUUUUACUUUUUUAUUAUGUCCAUGUUAUGCGCAGAGGGAAUUACUGUAAUAAUGAAGUGGGCCAGCGCCUCGUUUUUUUUUUUAUUGGGUGAUUAAAUGUUUACAUCUUUA